AUGUCAGGUCUAAUUCGACUCGCUCAACUCAAUCGGUUUUCUCGAACGGUCCCAUUAAGGCGCUAUGGAGGAUUUUUUGGUACUCGAAAGCACGAUGUCGAUCAUUUUAGAGAUUCUAUGAGAGGACAUCUCAUUCGCGGUGAAGCAGGAAGAAAGACAUUUUUGCGUAUCUUUACCUUGGUUGCAUUACCGUGUCUAGCUAUGGGCAUGUGGGUGGCUUACACAGACUUUGUAGCUCGAAAGAAACAUGAUCGCCCAAAAUAUAUACCCUAUGCUUUUCUUAACGUCAGAAAUAAGCCCUUCCCUUGGGGAGAUGGCAAUCACUCGCUAUUUCAUAACAAGACCGAGCAGUACGUUCCCGGGGUUGGUUUUGAAGAAGAACGAAAAAAGCGCUAA